AUGGAUGGUGUAACUUAUAUUACUGGCAAGCCAUCAAAUUUUGAUAAAAAUUUUUAUUCAUUAUCUGAUAUUGAUAUAACGAAUCUUGAAUCUUAUCUUCAUCAACAAGCCCGUUCAAUAUCAGACGAUGCAGAUAUCGACCAAUAUGAUCAAGAUAAUAUGUCCCUGGAUUUUUAUGUACAUAAGAUAUUAGAGAAAGUUGCUCAACCAGUAACUAAUAACUAUCGAUAUCAUCAUCAUCACAGUCAUAAUCAUAAUCAUAAUCGACAUCAGCAAUAUCAUCAUCAUCCUUAUCACCAUCAACCGCAUUUCAAACAUAUCGAUGACGAACCGAUAAAAAACUUAUCUCCUGAUUAUUCGAGUACAUUUUCUUUGGAGGUUGCCACAUGUGGUAUGCAAAAGAAUACACAAUUGCCUGUUCCCUGUGAAAAUUUUUCUUUAAUUGAUGGUCUUUUCGGUGAUGAUGCUGGAUUCACGAUGCAAAAUACACAACAUAAAUUUUUAGGAAUUUCUGAUGGUGCUGGUGGUAAUUUAAUGUAUGGUUAUGAUCCUCGUCUUUUUUCGGAAUCUUUAAUGCGUAAUUGUUCCGAUUUAGCUCUUACAGGAAAAUAUUCGAUAUCUGAACCAAAACGUCUUUUAUCUCAUGCAUUUGAUCGUGUUCAAAUGGAAAACUGUUUUGGUAGUGCAACAGCAUGUAUUCUUGGAAUCGAUUGUCAAUUGGGUCAACUUCAUUCAGUUAAUAUUGGUGAUUCUGGUUAUGUUAUUGUACGACAAGGUUAUGUUGUUUAUCGAUCACAGUCACAAGAAAUGAAUGGUGAUUGUCCAAGACAAUUAGAUGUUUAUCCAUGGACCGCAUCAUUGAAGGGACAAGGUCUUAAUUACACGCAAAUAUCAAUUUUUGAUGCUAUUUGUCAAACAUUUGAUUUGGAAUUGAAUGAUGUAAUUAUUCUAUCCACGGAUGGUUUAUUUGAUAAUGUUUCUGAUUUUCAAAUUGAACAAAUUCUUGCUCGAACUAGCUCAUUAAAACAUGCUGCUAGUGAAUUAGUUACACACGCUGUACGAUUCUAUAUUAAACCAGAUGAUAUACUUGUUAUAAUGGCACGUGUUACAUCAAAUCCUAAUUUAAUACAUAGACAAGGAGAAUCAAUAUUUACUUAA